UUGCAUGUUCGCAGGUUAGAGGAACCAAAUACGGAGGGGGCUGACUUUUUUCCCUCAUGCACCGAUGUUUUCAAACUAGGAUCCGUCGAGCGACGAGGAAUCUACUCCCACCAUGGACGAAAAGUAGGAGGAAGAGUCUCUUCUUCUUCACUUUGGCGAUCUGACUCGGUGCAGAUCGUGCAAAAAAGUUAGCAGGACAUAAAGCCAAAGCUGCUUUUUGUAACAUAGAUGCAAAGCAGCGUGGAUUACUGAUUUAAGGAAGCAUGAUUUUGAGGAAAAUACAACCAGGAACCUGCAGGGCAUGGCUGUCCCGGGUUUCACUGAGGCAGGAGCUGUGUUUCUCCUCCUCUGUGCCCCCGCAGCCGGUGCCCCCUCUGGCUCACACCCUGCAGGCUUAUCUGAGCUCCCUGGAGCCCCUGCUGCCCCCCGAGGAGCUCAGCCACACCCGCAGGAUGGUGCAGGAGUUUGGCCGGCCUGGCGGCCUCGGUGCGCGGCUGCAGGAGGGGCUGGAGAAGAGAGCCAGACACACCAAGAACUGGAUCUCACCCUGGUGGGUGCAGUGGGCGUACUUGGAGAGCAGACAGCCGCUGCCUGUGCACUCGAACCCGGCUAUCUCUCUGCCCAGGAGAGAUUAUAAUGACUGGAGGAGCCAGUUAGUGUUUGCAUCCAAACUGAUCGCAGCUGUUCUGGACUUCAAGGCCAAAAUCAACACCGGCCAGCUGCCGGUGGAGUUCAUGCGAGGGAAGCCUCUGUGCAUGGAGCUCUACCCGCUCCUCUUCUCCUCCUGCAGGAUCCCCGGUCCCAAACACGACUACAUCGCCCACCACGGACGCUCCCGACGCUCGCCGACGCACAUCACAGUCGUCAGGAACUACCAGUUCUUCCAGCUGGAGGUCUACAACAGCGACGGCUCUCGGAUGACGGAGAGUCAGAUUCACGGCCAGCUGCUGAGGAUCCGGUCUCAGUCCUGGAAGACGGACAAAGAGCCGAUGGGCAUCCUGACCAGCGAGCACCGUCACACCUGGGGACAGGCCUACAACCGGCUGCUGAGAGGUGUCCGGUCGGACGGCUCAGAGACACACACACCGGAGAGACACACGGUCCGACUGUCCCGGUAA